GCAGCAGAAGAAGGAAAAGCUCUCAACGAGACUGCUAAGAGCUCAGCUUGACUUAAAAGUGAUGGAGGGAACUCAUUCAACAACAAUGAAAGGUGAAUGCAAAGUACUGCUGGACACCACUGUGGAGCCAGAAGCCAGGACACACACUACGGAGAGUGUCAAACCCAGCUCAAAGCUAACCAUGGCCCUGCUGGCGUUCACGCUCUGCCUCGCUGCUGCUGCUGCUGUUGUGCUUGUCUUCAACAUGCACACCAAGGGCCCGGGACAAGACGAAGACAAUCUCGAUCUUCGUCACACAUUGAGACAAAUUUCAAAUGUGAGAGCGGCCAUUCAUUUAAAAGGUGAACACAACCCUGAUAUCAAGAAUUCAGUGGCAUGGGAGGAAAACGUGGAUCAGUCCCACUCUCAAGGAGAGCUGAAACUGGAAAACAAUGAGAUUGUGAUCCCUCACCACGGCAUCUACUUUGUUUACAGCCAAGCAUCUUUCCGGGUCAGGUGCAGCAGCAACGACCCCGACGACACCACCUCAAAUUCCAUGGUCCACCUGAGCCACACUGUGGAGCGGUGGUCCAUGUCGUAUGGAGACAAUUACUCUACGAAGAGCUACCGGCCCAUCCUGCACUCUAUCCGCACCGCCUGCCAAAAGACAACCAGCAGCGACCAGGACGAGGAUGGGAACUGGUUCACUGCCGUCUACAUGGGAGCGGUGUUCAACCUGAGGAAAGGGGACAGGCUGAGGACGGUGAUGGAGGAGAAGAUGCUGCUUAACCUGGAAGAUGGUGCAGGGAAGACUUUCUUUGGUGUGUUUGCCUUGUGAGGACAGGUGGGCUAUGGGCAGAGACAUGACUCCACGUGAAGAGGAGUCAUCAGGCUUCAUGGUGGCAACUGUGAGGCCUAGAGCCCGCUGCCGCCCCCCCCCCCCACCUGAACUCACUGUUAAAUGUUAUGUUGAAUGUUUACACUGCACUAAACAGUCAAUGCAACUAUACGUCCAACAUUUAAAUGAAGGACUGUUUGCAAGAAAACCAAGCUACAUUAACUGUAGCAAUAAGGUAUUAUUAUAGAUAUCUCUGUGAUUAUCUAUGAUCUGUGAUGUUAUGUACUAUGUACUAUCACCUGAGGCUCAGUACCUUUUGCUGUACUGCAAUGCUCAGUCUCUACUGUGUUUGGAUCAAUGUCCUAUAACUAUAAUGUGUAUUUAUUUAUUGUGUCACUACAGGCUGUAGUGAUUCACUAUACUGCUCACUCAUACUAUAUUUAUUUAUUUAUUCAUUCAGUCAUUAAUUUAUUUAUGUCUUUAUAUAUUUAUUUAUUUAUUUCUCUGUGUGUGUGUUUUCGGGACAGUGGUUUGGGUUGGAUUUUGUGCAGAAUUUAUUAAAUUAUUUA